UAUAAUUCGAACAAAUAUUCCAAGUGUUGUGUAAACUAAUUUUAAGAGGAUGUUGAUGCAUACAGCAGUCCGGAGUGUUUUAUUAACAUAUCGUGACUUCAGUUUUACAUUAUUGAAUGAAAAACGCCGUUUGUAUCACAAAAUAAGGAAUCAUCUUUCUGAAGAAGACUGGAAACAGGUUGUGGGCCUCUCAGGCCUGCCUAUUGUUCACCAUGAAGGAUAUGUCUGUCCCCUGCCACCCAAUCAUCGCUUCAAGAUGAUGAAAUUCCAUCACCUGUAUCAAAUUCUUUUAAGUGAUGGUGUUAUCAACAAAAAUAAACAAGUAAUACAACCUCGUCAAGUAAGUCAGGAGGUUGCUUCAUCUGUUCAUUCAGAAUGCUAUGUUAAGAAAUUUUUCAACGGCCUCACAUCACAGAAAGAGCAAAGAGCAACAGGAUUCGAAUGGACACCAGGGUUAGCCAGCCGAGUUAGAUACGAGACAGGUGGGACCCUCUUAGCAGCUAAGUUGAGCUUGGAGCGAGGGCUAGCAUGCAGUACUGGAGGAGGUACUCAUCAUGCUUUUCCUGAUCAUGGCUCGGGCUACUGUCUUAUCAACGACCUGGCUGUUGCUGCACAUAAUCUAAUAGCAUGUGGUUUAGCAACUAAAAUAUUGAUUGUUGAUUUGGAUGUUCAUCAGGUAUGUAUGCUGUUAAAUUGAGAAGCUUUAUAAUAAUUAAACAGUUUCUAUAAUGAGGAGAUCUUAUGUUAUUAAAUAUUUAACAUAAGUAUAAAGGAAUGAGUGCAAAAUGGGAAAAUAAAAUUCCUCAUUGCAUAAUAGAUAAUACUGUAUUGUUUUAUGAAUUUCAGUUGAGGCAUAUAAUAAUACUAUAAAAGAAAUAACACCAUGAACAAUCUUAUUUCUUUUCUCUUUUUUUGAUGGGCUGCUGAAGAGAAAAAUGUGGUUGAAGAACACUAACACAAUAAAAACUAUUUGAGGUGCAACUCUUGGUUUGCAGGGCAUUGUGGCUAUUGAGGUUAUAUAACUCAAUAUUAUUUUGGGCAACUUGUGUACUGUACAGACAUGUUUAUAAAUCAGACAACUCGGGGGUUCUCUGAACCCGACAUGUGUGAGUGGGACUGAAUUUCAGAAAUCCACAAAAUGGCAACUCGCCUUACAUCCAUAGCCCCUAAAAAGUAGGUACCUGUACUUAUAGGGGUCAGUUACCAGUUAGGCAAGAACAGAGGUCUUGCCUGCCUUGCUAACACAUGUGCUCAGAAACCUGUUUCAUGGUUAUAAAACUGAGCAGUAAGACCAACCCUAUUUAUUUGUAGUCAUUUGGUCAUGCUGAUCAGAUGUCUUUCUGGCUUGCUCCAUGAUUUUGGCAACCAAAUACUGUACAUGUAGUUCCUUUAUGAUACUUGUUACUGCCGUAUGCGCUGCCAGUAAAGCCCUCUCAUGCAUCACGACGCACCAUGAUCUCAGGGAGGAAGGCGGCAGUGCCAACAUACAAUUCUUGUGCGAAA